UUCUGAAUUUGAACAAAAGAAAUUCGGACCGUCCACGUUAGAUCCGAACUCGAUCCGUUUACGUACUCGUCGUCGUCGUCGCUCCCCCAAAUUCUCAUCUCUGCAAAAUCGACCCCUCUCUCUCUCUCUCUCUCUCUCUCUCUCACACCCGGCGACUCGAUUGGAACGGAAAUAUAAGGGCAAAUGUAUGAAACAGUUUCAUUUAAAUUUCUUUGAAUUUCAACCAAUAUCAACAUGUGUUUAGGUCCGCAAGUUUAGCAGUGUAAGUCUUCAUAACUUCACCACCAAGAUUUCCAGUGUAGGUUUCUUAGUUCUGUUGAACACCAGAUUUGCAAUACCCAAUAUUUCGUAAUUGUUCACUGAUUGUACAUAUGAAUCUACAUGGCUAGAUAUUUAAAUUCCAGUUCCAUAUGGUAAAUUGACGGUUCUUCACACAAUUUGUUUUUUUGUUUGUGCUGAUUUUAUGUAUAUUCUUUCCGUACAUGUCCAUAUAUUGGUUGUAUUGUUGCUACUUUUAGACAGUUGCAGAAGCAUGGCUGAGCUUGCCAGUGCCACAUAUAGGCAGAAAUUAAGCAGGGUGUAGUCUAGUUUGUAAUUUUUUUUACCCUUGCUGCAAUUCCAGAUAAAUUGCGUCCUCUUCUGGCAAUAUCAUCAAUUGAAGCCCACUGAUGGAAUGACAAAACAAGAAAGAUAAAGCAAAUCAUUGGCUCUGGAAAAUUCUGAAGUUGUGGUCUCCAUGGCUUCUUCUUCUUCAACCCUUCCAUGGCUUUGGGUCAUCGAAGCUCUCGCAAGCUUCAAGGAAGUGGAUGCAUCUAUUCUAAUUGAUUUGGUUAAAAGGACUCCAGCAAUAUCUGACGAUAUGGGAAAAAGUGCGAGAGAAAUGGUCUCUUUGAGAAUUUUGGAGAGUUUUUUCAUUCAGCAAACUGGAAGCACAAAGGGUGUUUCUUCUGCCCCAGAUUCCAAAAUUGAGUUUGAUUCAUCAUAUCACUGUGAAGAUGUUGUUCGACAAAUACUGCAUGAGAUCUCUGCAUCAAAUCUGAAAAUGGAUGGACCAGAGAUGUUGAAAUGGGAUGUUCAGAACUUUAUUAAGCAUAAAAGAGCUUGCUUUCCAAAAAGCACUUUACAACAGCUGAAGGAUGCAAUUCUUGAAGGAAACCAUCGAAUUCUUGCAUCCUUGAAGGAAAAGAGUGGAUUAUCAAUUGGCAAUCAGUCUGAAAAUAGAAUCACUGUGGAUGAUGAUGAUCUUAAUGCAGCAGUCCCAGGGAGACUUGAGAAGAGCAGUGAUAGUGCAACUAUGGAAGCAGGAGGGAAUUUAACUGCUCCAACCGCUGAAAAUUUGGAUGGCCUCUUGCGAGAAGAUUCACCUAAUAGAGAUUUGUUACCCUCUAAGAGGGAUAGGAGUGACUUGGAUACUGAAAAUCAGUCUGCAAAAUCCAAUGAAGAUCUUAUCAAUAUGGACAAUGGUUGUGAUCCCCGUUUGCAUAAUGCCAAGAAGCUCAAAAGGGGCGCUGCUUGUACCAGUGAGGCAGUUGGUCAGAAGUCUGUUCCUAUAAUUGGAAAUGAACUUUCAGAAGAUUCAUCUAGAAGAGAUGGAGAAAAUACUGUAAGAGAAGGGUCUGAUUUGGCCAUAUUAUCUCAAGUGGGAGGCUCGAAGGAAAACAGGUUCUCAGAAAACAAUCAUGAUCGGCGUACUAAUCCACAGAUUUCUUGUAACAACGAUACAGUGCCUUUAGGUACAUCUGGAGAUGGACCAGAUUGUGGUCUCCCUGUUAAUGGAGCCAAGGAUGAUGGCAAGGAUUGUGCUGAAAUGGGAACAUCAAAUGCUGCACCUCCAGACGAAACUCAUCAAAGUAUUUGUGUUGAUGAAGCCAGAGAUAAGUGUGAGAAGGCCCAACUAAAUACAUCUAAUGGUGUACUUAAUGAUGGAUCCUUCCAGAACUAUUUUCCUGACAGUGCCAAAGAUGACAUGGUACAUAAUCCUAUACAAGAAAUGUCUAGCGAUAGUGAUGGUUAUCAGGACGAGAAGGUUGAUGUUGCCAUGGAGAAACGUACUUUCUUGAACUCUCAGUGCACAUUCAGUGUGGAUUCCCUGGCAACAGUUGACUGUACAGAGCUUACUCUUUGUAUGAAGUGUAAUGAAGGUGGUCAACUAUUGGUUUGUAGUUCAAGCACGUGUCCGUUAGUGGUUCAUCAGAGGUGCUUGAGCUCUGCACCCAGCUUUGAUGACAGUGGGAAAUUUUACUGCCCUUUUUGUGCAUAUUCUCAUGCAAUUUCGAAGUACUUUGAAGUCAAGAAAAAGGCGUCUUUAGCUAGGAAAGAUCUUGCUGCUUUCAUUGGAUUGGAGAAUGGACAUCGGGCAAACAAACUUUGUAAGAGAUUUCUUAGACCACAGCAAAAUCAGUUGAGACGAGAUGACAACGUGAAUGGAAACAAUCAAACAAACUACAAUGGAAACCAUGUAAAUGAAGUCAAUAGUUCUCAAUACAGGGAAAAUGUAGAAGCUAAGCAACAAACAGAACCUUCAGUAUCAGGCUUUAAUGGCAAUCUAUCUUGUCGAGAAGGUGGUGUGACCGUAAAUGAUGGAACACUUGCGGAGACACAACAGAUUGAUGAACGGUCUGGUUCUAAGCUUCAUGAAGAUAAUCCAUCUUGCAGAGACGCAGAGAUUGUCGAUGUGACCAAGAUACUUGCUGGAGAUGGAAAGCAACAGGAAGUUUUACAACAACCGAUUACUGAUUCAACCCAAAAAGCUGCAUGUCCACCGAAUGCUGAUGCAGAGGAAAGUUCUGAAGAAGAAAAUGAUAAGACCUCUUCUAAUUACUCCAGAUCACUCAGAAGAAAAGAAAAAAAGUACACUUACCCGGCAAUUCCUCAGUUGAGGCGAAAGAAACUCCCAUGGACAGCUGCAGAGGAGGUCAUACUAAAGGAGGGUGUGAAUAGAUUUUCAAGUGUUCAAGAUAGAACUAUCCCAUGGAAGAGGAUUUUGGAAUUUGGGGUUGAUGUGUUUCAGAAAGGUCGAACCUCAAUAGACCUCAAAGAUAAAUGGAGGAAUAUUUGCAAAGGAAGCCCCAAGUCGAACCCAAAGUCAAAGUGAAAUUUUGUCAACUUGGUCUGUUUGUUGCAUAUGUAAAAAUAUACUCUGUUUUUGGCUUCCCCUUUUUAAACUUCAUCAUGUUCUCUUUUUGCUUUAUGUAUUCAAAAUUAAGUUGAAGUAAUUUCAUGAUAUGAAACUUUGAAAUGCGGAAAAUAUUUUUGUAAUUGCUA